CCGGCCGCCUCCUCUCCACAUCAUCCCGUGGAGAUAUAACCCGGAGCCUCAUCCACAAGCCUGUGGACGCCACUGGCACCAGCUCCAAACCACGGAUCCUCCUCCCCUGCAGCGAGCCAUGGCAUCCACCGCGCUCUCCACCGCCCCCAACCCCACCCAGCUCUGCCGGUCCCGUGCUUCGCUGGGCAAGCCAGUGAAGGGGCUGGGCUUCGGACGGGAGCGCGCGCUGCGGACCAUCACAUGCCAGGCGGCGAGCAGCAUCUCCGCCGACCGCGUCCCCGACAUGGAGAAGCGGAAGCUGAUGAACCUCCUCCUCCUCGGCGCCAUCUCUCUCCCCACCGUCGGCAUGGUCGUCCCCUACGGCGCCUUCUUCGUCCCCGGCGGCUCAGGGAACUCCGGCGGCGGGGUCUACGCCAAGGACAAGCUGGGCAACGACAUCAAGGUGGACGAGUGGCUCAAUACGCACGGCCCCAACGACCGCACCCUCGCUCAGGGUCUCAAGGGUGAUCCCACGUACCUCGUCGUGGAACAGGACAAGACGCUCGCCACCUACGGGAUCAACGCCGUCUGCACCCACCUCGGCUGCGUCGUGCCGUGGAACACCGCCGAGAACAAGUUCCUCUGCCCCUGCCAUGGAUCCCAGUACAACAACCAGGGCAAGGUGGUCCGUGGACCAGCGCCUCUGUCGCUGGCCUUGGUUCACGCCGACGUCGACGAUGGCAAGGUUCUCUUCGUUCCGUGGGUCGAGAUCGACUUCAGAACCGGCGAGGACCCGUGGUGGAAAGCAUGAGAGGCUCCGGCAGCGAUGCCUUGCAUUCCUGUGUUCUUAGAGGGCAUUAUUGCUAUAACUUCACUUGCUUCUUGCUUCCAAAUUAUAUAUGUACACAAACUGUAUGAAAGAAGAAUAAUUAUUUCUCUGCAUAUAUAAACCCUUGGAGGACUCUGAAAUCUGCUGGAAUAGAGACCAUUUUGGCA